GUAAAACGGCCUUCUGUACGCAACGUGUCGAACGUUGUUUCUGUGAACGGAGCCGAUUUUCCGCGGUGUCACUCCACAGUUCGUUUACAAACACGUAUUCGCGGUCCGAAACCGUAAGGGAAAUCGUCGGUACGGAUUCAAUCUGUACACAGUGUCGAUCUAUACGGGAAAACGUCUAAGGCCGUCGUCGAUUAAAAACGGUGACACGCUUGAGUACUGGAAUAAAGGCUGUCGUGCUCGUUAAUGGCUGCCAGGGUCGUCGGCUAGAGGCCGUUUAACGAAGUUUAGUGCUGUCAGUGCGAUAACACAGCCCGUACCCGAUGAGUGUUAGGUCGGCAUGCGGCCACAUGGUGAAGCAGAGGAGGUUUAUCGGCAACACGAACAACAAGAUGAUCAAUAUACGAGAAUAUUUAUAGGCUUUUUAGGUUGAAAACAUCGUAGACGAGACGUAAAAAGAAAAGAAAAAGAAAAUUCCGUGUCGAGUGAACACGCACGCGGGAUCGAUCUCUGCAUGCCGGUGAAAAUAGAGCACAACGCAGUCUCUACAACGACGAGAAGUCACCGUUUCGAGAGAGAGAGAGAGAGAGUCGAAUUGUGAAGACAGGAAAAGAAGAAACAGAAGGCACACUCUGGAUGUGUAAAGGAUACCCAGGUAUCGGGCAGAAGAGUGCUAAUGUAAAAGGAAACCGAUCUACGAUAGUGGAUUACCGAGGACGACAGGAGAGUUAGUAUAAACGCGUUCGUAUUAAGCUAUGGUCAACCUGCGACUACAACGACUUGAUUUCCUGCUUCACGUAACUCGCCGGAGAUGUUUGAGUUUCACGCGCAGAUCCGAUUUAUCGAGAGUUCGUACGAACAGCGAGUUUAGAGAGUUGCAGGUGUGCCGAGGGAUAGAAAAUUAAGGAGAGAAGCAAGAGAGAAAAGAAGAGAGGAGGAUAGAAAAGGUUGCUGUUAAACACGAGGGAAACAUGAGUUCUCUGUAACACGUGCUGCCAGGGAAAAAGAGAUUUUGAUGCAGCCAUUGUGUGCUGCCCUCGUUCACGUAUCUUACUGCCAGCGAGUUCGUGCUUCGUUAGACAGGUUCUUUUUUUCUUCUUUUAGGUUUCCAGCGAUGAUAGUACUCGCGAAGGGAUAGACAAGAAAAGGGACAAACCAAAGUAAACCAGUGAUAUUUUUACGCAGUAUUGCUUCUUCCAUAUUGUGUUACGAUAAAGCGAGGAGGAAAGAGAGAGAGGAAGAAGUGUUGAACGUGUCGUAGCGAGUAUAAAAAGGGGGAAUAAAAGAGAUCGAAUAUAUUUGGACGAAAAAAAAUAUUAUACACGAACUGCAACGAUACGAGAGAGAUUUUUUUUUCAUUUGUUUCUACCACUCGAGAGCCGACAUCGGCAGGAUUUCUUCAUAAUGAGUUGUUAAUUAAGAAUGCGCGAUGACACGGCGAAUUUGUCAGUGGACAGCAAACCCGCGCGAGAAGGCGCAGGGUAUGGAAAUGGAACCCCCAAAAACAAACUCUCACCGCCAAGAAAAAAUAUUCUUGAAGUACACGCUCAAAGACGCGGAGAAGAAUAAAGAGGAAACAGAGUAUAUGCUACAAGAGAAUGGCAAACCAAUUGAAUUCGUGCCACCGCAAACGAAGGAGGACGACAAACCGGUCGCGCCGGAACCAACUUUGCCACCAGUGCCUUACUACAAACUCUUUCGAUUUGCAACAUGCGGGGAGCUGAUGCUGAUCUUUGGUGGCCUGAUCAUGGGAACUCUGACAGGCCUCUGCAUCCCCGUCUCGACUAUACAAUACGGUGAAUUCACCACGUUACUCGUGGAUCGUAACAUGGAGAAUCAGCCCAGUACACCGACACUCAUAAUGAAGUGGUUCGGAGGAGGAAAGGUCUUGGGACCUAACGCCACGUACGAAGAAAGAAUGGCCGCUCUCUACGACGACUCGGCAGCCUUUGGCAUAUCUUCAGCGGCGUUAUCCACGCUCGUAGCCGCUUCCAGGCAGAUCGCUAGAGUGCGCAAGAUGUUCCUGCGUGCCGUGCUGAGGCAGGACAUGACGUGGUACGACAUCAACACGUCGACUAACUUCGCCAGUAGGAUCACCGAGGACUUGGACAAGAUGAAGGACGGUAUAGGUGAGAAGCUCGGUGUGUUCACCUAUCUAAUGGUCUCCUUCAUCUCCUCCAUCAUCAUAUCGUUCGUCUACGGUUGGAAAUUAACAUUGGUCGUGCUCAGCUGUGCGCCAAUCAUCGUGAUAGCUACUGCAGUGGUCGCAAAAGUUCAGAGCUCUUUAACCGCUCAGGAGUUGUCCGCUUACGGUCAAGCUGGAAAUGUCGCCGAGGAGGUGUUGGGCGCUAUCAGGACGGUGAUAGCGUUCAACGGUGAACAGAAAGAGGUGGACAGAUACGCGCAGAAGUUGGUACCAGCCGAGAAGACUGGAAUCAGACGUGGAAUGUGGUCUGGCGUUGGCGGUGGUGUAAUGUGGUUCAUCAUCUAUAUCAGCUACGCCGUUGCCUUUUGGUACGGCGUCCAGUUGAUUCUCGAGGACAGGCCAAAAGAGGUGAAGGAGUACACUCCCGCUGUACUCGUAAUAGUAUUCUUCGGUGUACUGGCCGGUGCACAAAACAUGGGUCUGACAUCGCCGCAUCUCGAAGCGUUCGCUGUCGCGCGAGGAUCAGCCGCGGCGAUCUUCCAGGUGCUCGAUCACGUGCCUACGAUCGACAGUCUGAGCAAAGAGGGCCAAAAGCUUUCAUCGGUCACCGGUGAGAUCGAGUUCAAGAAUGUGCACUUCCAGUAUCCGGCUAGGAAGGACGUGAAGGUGUUGCAGGGCUUGAAUCUGAAGAUCAAUCGUGGCGAAACCGUGGCCCUUGUCGGUGGAUCUGGCUGCGGCAAGUCCACCUGUCUGCAGCUCAUCCAACGUCUCUACGAUCCUCAUAAGGGACAGGUUCUACUGGAUGGCGUUGACGUAUCGAAACUGAACGUUCAAUGGCUUCGUUCUCACAUAGGCGUGGUCGGUCAGGAGCCGGUGCUCUUUGACACGACGAUACGAGAAAAUAUCCGGUACGGAAAUGACAGCGUUACCGAGGAGGAGAUGAUCAAAGCCGCGAAGGAAGCGAAUGCUCACGAAUUCAUCAGCAAACAGCCCGAGGCGUACGAUAGUCCCGUAGGAGAGAGAGGUUCGCAAAUGUCCGGUGGACAGAAGCAGAGGAUCGCUAUUGCCCGAGCAUUGGUCAGACGACCGGCUAUACUUUUACUGGACGAAGCUACUUCCGCUUUGGACUUGCACAGCGAGGCAACGGUGCAGAGAGCUUUGGACGCGGCUUCGAAAGGCAGAACGACCAUCGUUGUUACUCAUAGAUUGUCGACAAUUACCAAUGCUGAUAGGAUAGUGUUUAUAAAGGACGGACAGGUGGUUGAACAGGGCACGCAUGAAGAACUGUUGGCGCUGGGAAAGCAUUACUACGGAUUGGUGUCUGCUGAUGCCAGUGCUACCGCUAGAGCGAAAGCGACAGCGUCAGCAGCGAAAACGGUGACCGCAGCCAUACCCAAGCAGAAACCACCUCUGAAGAGACAAUUCUCCACUCUGUCGAUGCACUCUCAUCGCUUGUCACUUGCUGGCGCAUCAGAGAGCUCGGCGAACCAGUUGGAAGAGCACGAGAAGCAGUACGACGCGCCAAUGAUGAGGAUAUUCGGGCUUAAUAAACCGGAAUGGCCUUUCAAUUUGAUCGGUUGUCUAGCAGCAGCAAUGGUCGGUGCCUCGUUCCCAGCUUUCGCUGUCCUCUUCGGUGAGGUCUACUACGUGCUAGGUCUCCAAGACGACGACGAAGUACGCAACGAAACCGUCAACUUCUCCAUCCUCUUCCUCAUAGUCGGCGUGGUCACCGGUAUAGGCACGUUCCUACAGAUGUACAUGUUCGGUCUUGCCGGUGUACGUAUGACCACGAGGAUCAGAAGAAUGACGUUCGCGGCGAUGUUGAAGCAAGAGAUGGGCUGGUACGACGAAGAUUCCAACAGCGUUGGCGCACUAUGCGCCAGGUUAUCCUCCGACGCCGGUGCUGUUCAAGGUGCAACUGGAACACGCGUAGGCGCUAUCCUUCAAGCAAUGUCAACGUUGGUCCUCGGAAUAGGAUUGUCGAUGUACUACACCUGGAAGAUGACGUUGGUCUCGGUCGUUUCGAUACCGUUGGUGCUCGGCGCGGUGUUCUUCGAAGCUCGAGUGAUGAGCGGUCAAGGUCUGCAGGAGAAGAAGAAGAUGGAAGCAGCCACGAGAAUAGCCACAGAGGCUAUCUCGAACAUCAGAACCGUGGCCAGUCUCGGUAAAGAGGAGGCAUUUUUGGCACGCUAUUGCGUCGAGCUGGAUCACGUGGCCGAGGCGACGAGAAUCAGAAACAGAUUGAGAGGAUUGGUGUUUUCGUGUGGACAGACCACGCCGUUCUUCGGUUACGCUUUGAGUCUCUACUACGGCGGCGCUUUGGUAGCUACAGAAGGUCUGAGUUAUCAAGACGUGAUUAAAGUGUCGGAGGCGUUGAUCUUCGGUUCUUGGAUGCUUGGACAGGCGCUUGCUUUCGCGCCUAACUUCAACACCGCCAAGAUCUCAGCUGGAAGGAUAUUCCAACUGUUGGACAGGGUCCCGGAGAUCGCCUCGCCGCCUGACUCGGAAGAUAAAGAUCUGGACUGGAAAGCAGAUGGCCUGAUACAAUUCUCAAAAGUCGAGUUCCACUAUCCGACGAGGUCAGAGAUGCAGAUUCUACAAGGUCUGAAUUUAAUCGUGAAGCCCGGUCAGAUGGUCGCUUUAGUUGGCCAAAGUGGAUGCGGAAAGUCUACUUGCAUCCAGCUGUUGCAACGACUCUACGAUCCGAUUUCCGGUACCGUCACGAUGGACAGACGCGACAUCUCCUCGGUGUCGUUACGCAAUCUGAGGUCUCAGCUGGGCGUCGUUGGCCAGGAGCCGGUGCUGUUCGACAGGACGAUCGCGGAGAACAUCGCCUACGGUGACAAUUCUCGCCGGGUCACGAUAGACGAGGUCAUGGAGGCCGCCAAGAAGUCGAACAUUCACAGCUUCGUCAGCUCUCUACCACUAGGGUACGAUACUAGGUUAGGAUCUAAGGGUACGCAGCUGUCAGGAGGACAGAAGCAACGAAUCGCGAUCGCGCGAGCUUUGGUGAGAAAUCCUCGAAUCCUUCUGUUGGACGAGGCUACAUCCGCCCUCGACACUCAGAGCGAGAAGGUCGUGCAAGCGGCCUUGGACAAAGCCAUGGAGGGCAGAACGUGUAUCACCAUAGCGCAUCGUCUGGCCACUAUAAGAAACGCCGACGUGAUCUGCGUGCUGGAGAAGGGAACGGUCGCUGAGAUGGGCACUCACGACGAUCUAAUAUCGGCGGAUGGUCUGUACGCUCAUCUGCACGCUCUUCAAGAGGCCGCUAUGGAGUAGAGUUGAGCGUCGCAAUUACGUCACAUCGACGCUCCUCGCGGGCUGAAAACGCUCGAACGAUGGAACACGCUUCGUAGUUUUCGUUCAGAAGAGUAUAGUCAGCCAUGGCCUGCUAGCACGCAGAAUAAUACGCGAGGAACUCGCGUUCACCAAGGCGGGAUACAACAAGAGUAGAACAGAUAUUAUUAUCCAAGAAACACACACACAGACACGUUGGUCGAAAGCUCGAGGAAACGCGCUUUCGUACAUUUUUACCGGCAAAUCUCCCUUUUGUCUUCUCAGCUGGCCCUAAUUAUUUUCUUUUUCUCUUUUCCAUAGACUUCGUUUCGAACGAUAGUUUUUCACGGUUUUAUUUAACGCGCAAUUUUUCUCGUUGCAGCCUCUUUUUACGCGCGGCUACCUUUCCACGAUGAUCGGCUAGCAAUACCGUAUCGAAGGAAGUUGAAGAAGAAAAGAGGAUUUCUCUUCGUAGCGUACUUGAAUAUUAUUAGCUAUUCUCGUCGAUAUUUUCUUCGUUCGUACCCCAUAGACGUCGAAAUGCUCGCGUUUUCACGGUGCUCGCUCUUUUUCCCCUCAGUCGGUUUCUCCGCGUCUCUUUCGCCAAGCGAAGGAAUCCAAGAGUGCAACCGGCGCGUGCUUCGAAACCGGAAACUGUCUCGCAGCGUCCACGCGUUCGAUAAAAACCCCGAUGAAACGCGCUAUUUUUCAUAACGUCGUUGUUAUAACGAACGCUGCUCAGCCUCUGUACCUUCACCGGGAAAAUUCUCCGCUUUUCGUCUUCGUUCCUUUCUCCCUUUGCAAAGCAGCCUUCGGAACACUCGCGAGAUCGCGGUUAACGGAGUCGCGGUGCUUUUCAAGCCAAUAACGCUCGCUAUUUAGCCCUCUGCGAUUUAUUUUCACCGAAAAAAAAUACUCCGCCUUUCGUCUCCGUUUCCUUCUUUCUCGCGGAGCCCUUACCUCGUUCUCGAAAUCACGGUGCUUUUCGAUUUUACAACGAACGCUAGUUAGCUCUCUGUGCCUUCUUUUCAAAUUCACCGCGUUUCGUCCUCGUUCCCCCCCAAUUUUUUCCUCCGCAAAGAGGCCUUCACAACGGAACACUCGCGAGAUCGCGUUGCUUUUCGAUCCGUUCGAGCGGAGAAGAUUCACAAGGUGGGUCACGUAGCUGCGAUCUGAUUCGACGCAGAGUCGUGAACGAUCCUCUGAACGAAUCGUCGAUGGUCAGGCAUACGGAAAGAAGCUUGGAAGAAAACACGAAUACACUUGGAAUACCUGUUUCCUUAACCAAGGUAUACAUACACACAUAAAUACCGGUGAAACUGGAUUACGAAAUCUUUAUACUUUCCAUCGAUCCUCGUAGCAGUGUGUUCCGAUAUUAAGGACGAUCAACGAAACGAACAAGCGACAGGUGUUCUCAAAAGAGACACAUAACCCGUGUGAAACCGAAACGACGACUCUAUCACCGUCUCUAUCUCACGCUAGGCGCAAUUCAACCCCAUGAAAUAUGUAUGAACGUGUCUCUCGAUACACGAUCGUCCUCCCGUUCUCUUCCUCCCCCGAAAACACUCGCACCCACAGCCUUCCUCGCCCUCGUCUCUACUCUCUCACCCGGCUGGAUUCUUCAACGGACUUAUACAAACGAAUUCAUCCGCAGACAAGUGUCAAUUGCGUUCUACAGGGCGGACGAAUUUAAAGAAGCUCUCGUUCGCUCUUCGUGCCUUAGCAAUUACACGUUGCUCCGUGUUCAAAGUAAGGGAAAGAAAAGAAAGUCGCAAUAAUAGAAGACGAGUGGCAGAGGCGGAGAGACAGAAGGGAGGAGGACGAUCAGAUCGUGAGGAAUAAUUCGAAAAAAAAAAAA